AUGCCGUACAAUAUUGCGAUGAUCAGUGAUUACUUCUUCCCACAACCUGGUGGUGUCGAAUCUCACGUAUACCAAUUGUCAAGUAAACUCAUCGACCGCGGCCACAAAGUCGUCAUCAUCACCCACGCAUACGAAGGGCGAACGGGAGUCCGCUACCUCACCAACGGCCUCAAGGUCUACCAUGUCCCCUUCUUCGUAGUCUACCGCGAGACGACCUUCCCGACCCUCUUCUCCUUCUUCCCCAUGUUCCGUAACCUCAUCAUCCGCGAAGACAUCGAGAUCGUCCACGCACACGGGAGCCUCAGCAACCUCUGCCACGAAGCGAUCCUCCAUGCGCGGACCAUGGGGCUGCGGACCGUCUUCACUGACCACUCCUUGUUUGGAUUUGCUGACACGGCGAGCAUCUUUGCAAAUAAACUGUUGAAGUUCACGUUGUCGGAUGUGGACCACGCCAUCUGCGUUUCGCAUACCUGCAAAGAGAACACCGUUCUCCGGGCAUCGCUAGACCCUCUGAUGGUGUCGGUUAUACCCAAUGCUCUCGUGGCAGAGAACUUCCGUCCGCUCAAUCAUCCAAGCACGGUGUCAUCGAGGCAUGGUGACAACGCUCCAAAGCUACCGAUCUCGUCCUCACGGAAAACUCCAAAAUCAUCGAGUCACGCUCGCCCCAUUGGCCCGAACGAUCCAAUUACCAUCGUGGUAAUCUCUCGGCUGUUCUACAAUAAGGGAAUCGAUCUCCUCAUCGCCGCUAUACCUCUCAUAUGCGCCUCCUAUCCCAACGUCCGCUUCCUCAUCGCCGGCUCUGGCCCCAAGGCCAUCGACCUGGAGCAGAUGCUGGAACGAAAUGUCCUACAUGACCGUGUCUCGCUCCUAGGACCCAUUCGCCACGAACAGGUCCGCGACGUGAUGGUGCGCGGGAACAUCUACCUCCAUCCGUCACUCACGGAAGCCUUCGGAACUGUGCUCGUGGAGGCGGCAUCGUGCGGUCUCUACGUCGUGUGCACUCGAGUCGGCGGCAUCCCGGAGGUCCUACCGCAACAUAUGACGACGUUCGCGAAACCCGAGGAGGACGACCUGGUGCGCGCGACGGGCGAGGCCAUCGCGGCCCUUCGAGCGAACCGAAUCCGUACAGAACGGUUCCAUGAUGAGGUGAAGGUCAUGUACAGCUGGGCGGACAUUGCCCGACGCACGGAGCGGGUCUACGACGGCAUCUCGGGCGUCUUGUCCGAGGAAGAGUUCUACGGGCAUGGCUACGGCGGGGAGACGCGGAGCGCGGUACGCGGUCGGGCAGGCGUGCAGAGCUUUGCGCUGAUUGAUCGGCUCAAACGGUACUAUGGAUGCGGGAUUUGGGCGGGCAAGUUGUUCUGCUUGUGCAUGGUGGUGGAUUACCUGAUCUGGAUGUUUCUGGAACUCUGGUGGCCGCGGAGCAGUAUCGAUGUGGCGAAGAAUUGGCCGAAGAAACCAGAUCGGGUCAGGGAUGAAGGGGGUGGGGCGGGGAGGAAGAAGAGCGCCAAGAAUCGCGAGCGAGAUAAUAAUUGGGAUCACUCGGAUGGGGGAUGA